AAAAAUUACGAUACAACUUCUUUAUUUUACAGCUUAGAUAAAUCCGGCGAGAAUGCUGCAAAUUUAAAUACUGUCCGCCCACGCAUGCUGCAUGUGAUACGUAAAGGUGCGUUAUCGGCUUUGGAACGCGGGCCACGCGUUGGUGGCCAAGUGGUUGAAACACAGAUACGCUUACAUAACAUAACAAUAGGACGUGGUACGGCUGAUUCCUUUGUAAUGGCUGCAGCGGCGCAAUGUGUACAAAAGAUAUUAACCUCAGCUGGCACGCGCUUGCUUGAACCAAUUAUGGCUCUGGAAAUAGUUGCGCCAACGGAACGGAUAUCUGCAAUAAUGGCUGAUUUGACACGUCGUCGCGCCACAAUAAAUGACGUGCGGCCGAAAAGUGAACAAAAUAAGGUGAGAGUAAGAGCUGGAGGGUUCUAGUUUUUCGAAACAAAAAAAUGUUUUUUUCCAAUAUUCCAUUAGUUUUUGUCUGAAAGUA